AUCCACUCAACUCCGCUGUCUCAAGCACAGGCCACUCUCUCUGCAUAUUCAGAUCGUGUGGCGGUAAGAGAAUCGUCUGACCGUCUUUUCGUCACCUUCUGUGGCAGGAUGGAAAAGCACCCGUCAAUGGUACAGCAAGAUGAACGUCGGCGUGCGCGAUCAGGUCGUCAUGAACGGCCAGGGCCCUCGCGUCUCCAUGCUUGGAAUACGCUUCAGCAAUAACGGCACGAGUGCCUGUUUGCCGAUCUGGGAUUCAGAGGCUGCCAAAUUCUCUGACUGUGCCUUGCCCUUCAUCUCGGCGAUCCCCUUCGCCCUUGCGGGUAUCGUGGGUUUGGUUUCUGUCUUGAACCAGGCUCUGGCGGGCUGGAGGCCAGAGUGGACGAAGCCUUUCAUCAUCGAGUACGCCGACCGCGUGGAUGAAAGUCCACGAAAAUCGUACCGGAGGCCGCUCCUCUGGAUCUUGAUUCUGCUCACUCUGACACUCGUUGGACUGCUGGCUUCCACUCUUGAACUCAUCUUUGACUCGCACCAAGUUGCAUCCAUCUUCUUGUUGGCAUCCUGGGCAGUCACGUUGCUCAUAAUCGCUAUUACACAGCCGCAAACCUCGCCAUCGUUUCUGUCAUCGAUCUACCUUGCCAUCUUCUCUGUCGAGCUAUUAAAUGUGCUCAACGUGGGGUGCUCGUUUGGAGGACAUGUUGCUCAUUACAUUGCAUUUGCGUCGGCGUCCGCAUCCAUCGUCAUAAUAUUAAUCAUGCAUCUUCGCGACCCUAGCUUGCCUUUGGAUGGCAUCAGCUCUGUUGGAGACAUUCCAAGCAGCGAUACUCGCAGUCCAGAGGACAACCUUCGCCUUUGGCAGUUUCUUUCUAUUUCUUGGAUGUUCCCACUCAUCCGAGUAGGGAGGAAGCGAACCUUGAACGAAGAGGACGUCUGGUUUUUGGCUUAUGAAUUCCAGCAUCGACGACUUUUCGAAAAAUUUUCAUCUUUGUCUGGUACGGUUGUAACGCGGCUCCUUAAAGCCAAUGGUUUGGACAUUUGCAUCCUGACCAUCUCUGCAUCCGUGGAAACUGUGUGCACCUACCUGGCGCCGGUAGUGUUGCAACAGCUUUUGGCAGCAAUGGAAAAUCCUCAUGCGCCAAAACGUGCAGUCCUAACCUAUGCGCUUAUCAUCCUAGCCUUAAGACUCAUUGCUGCGCAAUCAGAAGUAUUCAACACCUGGUUUGGGCGCCGCUGCUAUGAGAGAAGUCGAGGCGAGAUGAUCUUGAUGGUAUAUGAAAAAGCUCUCUCUCGUAAGAAUGUCAUCGGCAUCGACCCGGAAUUGAAUGAAAGAGAAGAUCAAGCCGGAAAUAAUCUGUCUGACACGAACGGCUCUUUGAAGAGGAAAACUACAGCAGCCUCAAAAGUCCUCGCAUGGCUUGAUCCAAGGUGGUUCAUUUCGAGACGUGGUCACAAACACUUCAAGGUUACCACUGAACCCAAAGCUCCGGCCAGUAUGGGGAAAAUUCUGAAUCUUUGUCGCGGAGAUGUUUACGAGGUGGCCCAGCGUUUCUGGGAGAUUGAAAACAUGGUUGAAACAGGGCUUGGGUUGGUCCUGGCAAUUGCGCUUGUGUGGAAAUUGCUAGGGCCUUCUUGCUUCAUCGGUAUACUUGUCGUGAUUGUCGGCCAGAUACUUAACGCAAUAUUUACCAAAAUUCAGCUGCAGAUUAUCAAAAGAUCACGAGGCGCAACAGAUGGCAGGUUACAAGUCACAUCACAGUAUAUCGAGAGCAUACGACACCUACGAUGGUACUCGUGGCAUGAGAAAUGGCUCAAUCAGAUUCACCAAGCAAGAGAACACGAGCUUUGGCUGCGAGUUCAGACAAUGAUGUGGUCUUCGAUUAUGAAUUUCACCAACAUGCUCACGAAUGGACUAUUUCCAGUCGCCGCAUUGUAUGGUUACACUGUGCUCGCAAAGCAUACCCUGAGCAUCGACAUUAUUUUUCCAGCUUUGACACUGUUCAGCAUGCUAGCGUCAAAUCUGAGGGACAUCCCUCAGAUCAUCACUCAGCUAGCGAACGCCUAUAUCUCAAUGUCAAGAAUUGAGGAUUUUAUGAAGGAGCCCAACCGCGAAGAUAACGAAGCUCGAGAUUCUCCACCUGACGCCCCAAUGCAGCUUAUUGACUGCAGCUUUGCCUGGCCGGAUCAAAUUGAGCCAGUUCUUCGCCACCUCAACCUUCGUUUUGACCAGGGAUUUCAUGUCAUCCACGGCAAGGUCGGCGCGGGCAAGUCUGCGCUUCUACAGGCGUUGAUGGGCGAGCUCGACAAAUUAUCGGGGACGACACAUUUGCCUGAUGAGAUGAUAGGUUAUUGCAGCCAAACGCCGUGGCUUCAAAGUAUGACGAUUCGUGAAAAUAUCCUCUUCUCUGCCCCCUUUGACGAAUGGCGAUAUCGAAACGUUCUCGAUGCAUGCGAACUGCUCCCUGACUUCGCAAGCUUUGAAUACGGCGACCUAUCACCUAUAGGCGAAAAUGGAAUUGGUCUGUCUGGUGGUCAAAGGGCCCGCGUUGCAUUGGCUCGUGCCGUCUACAGUCAGGCAAGAAUCCUUCUCCUCGAUGAUCCAAUCUCAGCGCUUGAUUUCAACACGGCAGAGAACAUAGUUUCGAAAUGCUUUGAUGGACCUCUCAUGAAAGAUCGGAUCGUUAUCUUGGUCACGCACCGAGUAGAUCUUGUCCGUCACCUUGCCAUUCAGCUCGUGGAGAUCGUGGAUGGUGCUGCUCUGGCCUCUAGCAAUGAAGCCAGUAUUAGCGAUGUCGAUACUUACCAAGUAUUGAAUGGCGCAAAGUUGAACGAUCACUCCCCCGAAUUCACAAAGGCAAUGGACGAUCAGGCUAUACCAAGAAAAUUUGAAGAUGACGAGCAGCGCGCAGAAUUUGGUGUCAAGGCACGAGUUUAUUGGCAAUACAUCAAGUCAGGAAAGAUCAAGUGGUGGAUUAUGACUACGAUCUCUCUAGCCGUCUGGCGAGUUUCGGUUGUUGGUCAGACAUGGUUCUUAAAGAGCUGGGGUGAGGCUUAUCAUCAAGAGUCGCAUAGUUUCCUUCUGCAAACGGAUGCUGUUGAACGUGGAAUUUUGCAAUCAUACGCUAUACAUAGUAUGAAUGCGAUGGAAUCGAGUCUGGAUCCAUUUCACGCAUUGCCUUCUCCGGAAGACAAUGUUAAACCCUGGCUGUUGAUGUACCUGGGCGUUGCAAGCUGGAUCUCACUAACUGCGUGGCUAGCGCAAAUCUUCCUAGUUGUUGUGAUGUACACCUCGGCAAAGUCUCUAUUCUCAAGAGCAAUUACUAGAGUUAGCCAGGCUACUUUCCGCUUCUACGAUGUUACACCUGUUGGCCGACUUAUGAACCGCCUCACUUCGGACAUAGGCACUAUAGACGGUGGCAUCGCUCAACAAUUCCAUGUCAUCACAUUUCAAGCCAUCACCUGGAUGACAUCGCUCGCGGUCAUUGCUUCGGUCACACCAACAUUUUUGGCAUUCUCCAUUGGUUAUGUAGCCUUCACUAUUUGGAUCUUUAGCAUGUUUCUGCCGACAUCACAGAGCCUGCGACGACUCGAGAUGACCUCACUUAGUCCCUUGUUUGCAAACUUCGGUGAACUUCUGCAUGGCCUCACAACUGUUCGCGCAUUCCAUGCCCAGCACCGCUUUCUUAACCGCAUCAUCACCGUAGUUGAUAAAUUUCAAGGCAUGGACCACUUCUACUGGACUUUACAGAAUUGGCUCGCGUUCAGACUUCAAAACAUGUCGGCGAUCUCGACUUUCAUUCUCACCGUGUUAGCUUUGUAUACCAAUGUAUCACCUGGCCUUACCGCUUUUGUUCUCACUGCAGCUGGUAACUUUGUUCGUUCAACACAUACCUUGUGUCGACGAUUCGGCUCUUUGCAGAUGGAUUUUGUGUCUGUGGAGCGAGUGGAUGAGCUUUUGAGACUGGAAAAGGAGCCAUCUGGGGAAAUCGAACCUCCUGCUUCAUGGCCUUCAUAUGGUGCAGAUAUUGUCUUGGAGCACGUCACUGUCCGGUAUGCUCCACAUCUUGAGCCUGCCUUGAAUGACAUCUCAAUUCGCAUCCCCGGCGGCUCAACUACGGCAGUUUUGGGCCGCACGGGAAGCGGAAAAUCUACACUGGCAGUGACUCUCCUCAACGUCGUCCGGCCCGAGACGGGCUCGAUCACCAUCGACAAGCUAGACAUUAGCACUGUUACUAACAAAGCUUUGCGCGAGCGCGUCACAUUUGUCGCUCAAGAUCCCGUCUUAUUUCCCGGGAACAUCAGGCACAACUUGGAUCCCCUCGAGUAUCACUCGGAUGAAGAAUGCAACGAGGUACUUCAGCGAGUAUGUGGUCGGCAUGGAUGGACGUUAGAGACAAACAUUGAAGCUGGUGGUCGAAAUUUAAGUCAAGGACAACGUCAACUGAUUGGAUUGACCCGAGCAAUCCUGAGGCGAAGUUCAAUCGUCAUCUUAGACGAAGCAACCGCCUCGAUUGAUUAUGAGAGCUCAAUGGAGAUUCAGCAGAUUCUGAGAGAGGAGCUUAAGGAGGCAACAGUCAUCACGAUUGCGCACAGAUUGGAAGCUGUGAGAGAUGCAGAUUACGCCAUUCUAUUAGACAAGGGUCGAGUUUCAAGACAAGGGCCUGCAAAGGAUAUGCUCAUUGAUGACGAAGAUGGCAGCGAGACUACAGUCGAACAAUGUUAGCUGGCUUUGCGAGACUUUGCAUGGACAAAACGUUUCUCCUUUUCGAAGUUUUCCUUGUCAUUUUUUUCUCUGCCCAACCAUCAUCCAUUACUUGCCUACGCACUUCGACCUUUGAUAUGUGUACUAACACGAUAACAUCUCGUGCUGUCGGUGCUGUUUUCCACAGUUCUUGUCGUGGGUUGAGUUGCGAUUUAGUCUGCAUUGUAAGGCAAAACUCAAACCUGAUGUACUCGAAGCUUUUUCUUGAAGCCAAGCUUCUCGACAUUUUACGAGAUUCGAGACAACCUGAUCGUACGAGCUAUUGCAUACACAGUGGACAAUACGUGGAGAAGCUGGAGCUUCACCAUGGCUGCAAAAGUCGCCGCCUGUGUUUGGCGUGAUUAGUGGUACACUACCUCCUGAGCACCUUCAUUU